AGCGACACGUCACCCGUUCCUUUUACCAGUAUAAAGGCUGCCGCCAUCACCUCCAACAGCACUUUCUUUUUCCUCCCUAAAAUGUCGUCAACACGACGGAUGGUAUCCGUUCUUUCUUUCGCUUUCUUCGCUUUGAUAGCUCUUCUCUGCUCUGUACGCGCAGAGGAGCUCCACUCAGAAUAUGGAACUGUCAUUGGAAUCGAUCUUGGAACAACGUAUUCAUGUGUCGGCGUUCAGAGAGGUGGUCGGGUAGAAAUUAUCGCCAAUGACCAGGGUCACCGUAUCACGCCGUCAUGGGUCUCCUUCUCUGAUGACGAGCGUCUUGUUGGCGACAGCGCCAAGAAUGCCUUCCACUCCAACCCAAAAAACACCGUCUUCGAUGCCAAGCGUCUCAUUGGUCGUAAAAUGGACGAUGGCGACAUCCAACGGGACAUCAAGCACUGGCCUUUCAAGGUUCAAGAGAAGAGCGGCAAACCCGCAAUCACCGUCGAGUACAAGGGCGAAUUCCGCGACUUUACUCCCGAGGAGAUUAGCGCCAUGGUCCUUACGAAGAUGAAGGAGACUGCUGAGGCAUACCUUGGAGAGAAGGUCACUCACGCCGUCGUCACUGUCCCUGCCUACUUCAACGACGCUCAACGUCAAGCCACCAAGGAUGCCGGCACUAUCGCCGGUCUCCAGGUUCUCCGUAUUAUCAACGAGCCUACCGCUGCCGCCAUCGCCUACGGUCUCAACAAGAAAGGCGGCGAGUCCCAGAUCAUCGUAUACGAUCUUGGUGGUGGAACCUUCGAUGUCUCCCUCUUGUCCAUUGAUGACGGUGUCUUCGAGGUUAUGGCUACCGCCGGUGACACUCAUCUCGGUGGUGAAGAUUUCGAUAACCGUGUCAUCGAGUACCUCGUCAAGCAGUACAAGAAGAAGACCGGCACUGAUGUCUCGGGCAAUCUCCGCGCUAUGGGUAAACUGAAGAGGGAGGUUGAGAAGGCCAAGAGGACGCUUUCCAACCAACAGAGUACCCGCAUCGAAAUCGAAAGUUUCGAGGAUGGCAAUGACUUCUCUGAGACUUUGACAAGGGCUAAGUUCGAGGAAUUGAACAUGGAUUUGUUCAGGAAGACGAUGAAGCCUGUUGAACAGGUUCUCAAGGAUGCUGGUGUUAAGAAGGAAGAUGUUGACGAAGUUGUGCUCGUCGGUGGAUCCACUCGUAUUCCCAAGGUUCAACAACUCCUCAAGGAGUAUUUUGGUGGCAAGGAACCUUCCAAGGGUAUCAACCCCGAUGAAGCUGUUGCCUAUGGUGCCGCCGUCCAGGGUGGUAUUCUCUCUGGUGCUGAAGGAACUGCCGAUGUCGUCCUCGUUGACGUCUGCCCGCUCACGCUCGGUAUCGAGACUACGGGUGGUGUCUUCACGAAGUUGAUUCCUAGGAACACUGUUAUCCCCACCCGGAAGAGCCAAAUCUUCUCGACUGCUGCUGACAACCAGCCUACCGUAUUGAUCCAGGUUUUCGAAGGUGAACGUUCGUUGACCAAGGACAACAACCUUCUUGGCAAGUUCGAGUUGUCUAGUAUCCCGCCUGCGCCUCGUGGUGUCCCUCAGAUUGAGGUUACAUUUGAGAUUGAUGCCAAUGGUAUCAUGAAGGUCGCUGCCGCUGACAAGGGAACUGGCAAGUCAGAGUCGAUUACCAUUACAAAUGAGAAGGGCCGUCUUUCACAGGAAGAGAUUGAUCGUAUGGUGGCCGAGGCUGAGAAGUUUGCUUCUGAGGAUGAGGCCCAGCGCAAACGCAUCGAAGCACUGAACUCCCUAUCCGCCUUUGUGUAUGGAUUGAAGUCCCAGAUCGCUGACCAGGAGGGUCUAGGAGGGAAGAUCAGUGAUGACGACAAGAAGACUAUCCUUGAUGCCGUCAAGGACACGACUGACUGGUUAGACGAGUAUGGCUCUUCAGCAACUGAAGAGGACCUUGAAGAGAAGUUGGCUGAGGUUCAAGCCAUCGUCAACCCUAUAACGACAAAAUUGUAUAACACGGCUGGACCCUCUGAUGAUGACCAGGAGGUGUUCCGAGACCACGAUGAGCUCUAAAGGAUUCUCUGUAUACAUACCAAUACUUUACUUUAUAUCGUAGCGCGGUGACGGUUAGACGAUACGCGCUUGACGGCAUUAAUUAUUGUUGAUUAGCAGCGCACACAUCGCCCUCAUUGGAAGCAAUAAAACGAGAAAAAAAAGUUAUAUAGACCAAAGCGAG